GAGAUGUAGAUAUGUAUGGGUUGUCAAUUACAAGCCGUUUGUUUUAGUAAUGUGUGAACUUGCGAUGGGUGAGCUUGUGUGAUUGUGUUGUAACUAAUAUCGAAUCUUCAAAACAAAAUGAUACCACACUCGCUGUAACUGAAGAUUGAACCUUAACCUCUUAAAUUUAAAGUGCAGUUUCAAUUAAACCGGGUAUAUGUGUGAUAAAGGGGUGCGUAGUGAUAAAAUGACGAACAUUACUCCUGAAACAAGGAUUAUGAUGAUGAGGUCUAACGAUGGAAGAAACAGUUAUAGGAGACAGAUCCUGGCAGCUCUCGCCGUCUCGCUCGGGCCGUUCGCGGCUGGCCUCAGCAAGGGCUACAUGUCCCCUGCUAUAGCCUCCAUGCAGGACCCCAAGGGUCAUAAUGGAACCUUCACAGUCAGUGACCAGCAAGCCAGUUGGAUCGCGAGUCUUAGUUUAUUAGGUAAGUCAAUAUUUAAAGCUUUUUUAAAGUAAUUUAGCGAGAAUAGA